CGAAGAUGUUGCAAAUAGUCGCGGUUCUGCUCGGGAUUCUACUCCUAUCUACCAUCGUGGCAGCUAGCGAGUCCGAUUAUCGCAAAUACCUUCGAACCCGUCCCCCUCAUCUACCCGGAGAAGUUAAUGUCGAAGAAGUGCUGGAAGUGUUCAAGUCCAACUCACGCCCCUCGCCGUUCGGAGUGUCCAACGCGGAAGUAAACGCAUUCCUGGUGAGAGCAUUCUUCCAGAAGCGUAGACGAUGCAGUUCCACUACUUCUACAACCAGCACGACCACCACGAGCCCGACGACCACCACGAGCCCAACGUAUCCGAGUCCCAGCAGAGACAAUACCAAUCCCGACUAUACGGAUCUUUUCAGUCCGAGCACCUCGAUGACUGAGUACCCCAGCUAUGAGCCUCCGAAAAAGACGACCAUCUUUUUCGAUGAGGAAGCUGAACCAACAACGGUAGGCAACGAAAAACUGCAACCAUCGGUUCAGCUGGAUCCGACGAAUGAAGCGGAAGCGGAUUAUUUUCAGUACUCCAACGAGGAAGAUUAUCUGGAAACAUUGGAAGGUGAAUAGUGUGUGACCAUAAUGAGAAGGUGCAAUGGAAUGAUAAAGAUUUCUGGCUAGUUUCAGCAGCGUUUUACCGACAGGUGCCAC